CGGGUAUCAGCAUGGAUUAGUGAGUAAAGGUAAGCGUGUGUCUCCCUGUCUCGGCGGAUUUCCAUCCCUCUCUCUCCGCUCACACACUCCGACCUCACUUGAACCGCCGCCGCCGUCUCUUCUCAUCCCGUCUCCUCCACCGAACCACCCGCUGCUGGCUCAUGGCGGCUUGUGUGUGUGUGUGUGUGUGUGUGAGUGAGUGAGUGAGUGUGUGAGUGAGUGUGUGAGUGUGUGUGUGUCUGUCUGUGUGUGUGUGUGAGAGGCCGGUUGUGUUCUUUCUGUGUCGGACCGCCGUGCGAUGCCAUUACUCCCCCAGGAGGCUGAGAGGUUCGAUGGGCUGUCUCUGCUCUACUGGACGAUCAUGGGCCCGCACGGCAUCAACCGAGCUGUUCAGAGACUGGAGUUCUGCGACUGCAAGAAGGGACUUGGCGUGAAAAUAAUCGGAGGUUACCGGGAGCUGACAGGAGAAGAGUUUGGUGUCUACAUCAAGCGGGUGAUAGCCGGUGGUUUGGCAGCUCUGGACGGUCGGCUUAAGUCAGGUGACCUGAUUUUGGAUGUCAAUAACAUCAGUCUGAUAGGGGUGACCAAUGAGAGGGCGGUGGAGAUCUUGAGGACGGCCUCGCUCUCUAAUCACAUGUCCCUGCUCAUCGCCAGAGACGAUGAAUCCAGGAGGGAGUUUGCCGAGCUGAUGGAGAAGUACAGCUCCAAUAAUUUCACAGCUUCAGGACGAAUCUCUCCUACUCAGCUCUCCACAGGGAAGCUGACAGACACAGCCUCCUCCUCCUCCUCCUCCAGAUCGGAGAGCCCCCAGCUCCUCAGUCCUAAAGAGGGGGUCACCGCCUACACCCACGCCCCCCCCUACACUGCCAACCCCCCCUACACCGUGCACACGCCCCCGCACGCCUUCAGUGACAGUGUCAUUCAGUUGAUAUGCGUUGCCAAGGGAACGGGCCUGGGACUCAUCAUCAAGGGGGGAGCCAACCGUGCCGAGGGGCCGAUGGUGUUCAUUCAGGAGAUAGUGCCUGGAGGAGACUGCCAGAAGGACGGCAGGCUGCAGGUCGGGGACCAGCUGGUGUCCAUUAACAAAGAGUCCCUGAUCGGAGUGACGUACGAGGAGGCCAGGAACAUCUUGACACGCACAAAACUCAGACCAGAUCCAACGGUGGAAAUCGCCUUCAUCAGGCGGAGGUCGUCCUCCAGCUCCAGCAGCGGGCCUCACAGCCCCAGCUCCCUCCAGGGCUCUGGAGGUGCAGGUGGGCCCCAGACAAGGCUCCCCGGGCUGGGCGCCAUGCCUCCGCAGCCGGCCGUGGUCACCAAGAUCACCUCCAGCCCAAACCCUACCAGCGAAACCCUGCCAGCAGUCAACGUCAGCCAGGUGCGAGUGUCUCCAGCCAGAACAGAGCAGCCACGUGUCUCGUCCCCACCAGAGAGAGACAGUGUCCCUGAUACAAGCCCUGAGCCCGCCAGCUGCCAGCCUCCUCAGAGGAAACGCUCCCUCAGCGCCAGCUGUCGCCUCAAACUGGAGAGGCUGGAGCAGGCUCUGGACCUGAUUGGUCUGAAGCCCACGGAGGCUCAGUGGCAGGCACUCAGGUCCAGACUACGAGCUGAUCCAGCUGGGACGGUGGCCUUCACAGAUUUUGAGAGCCUGAUCAGGGAGCUGUUCAAGCCUCAGCUGGAGGAGCUGGCCGUCACCCAGCCGGGGCCGAGGUUCACAUCCGACGACCUGUCCGGUCUGUUGGAGUCACCCACCAACCCGCGGCCCUCACUGUCAGACUCAGAGGACCUGGAGGAGAUGGAGAGGCUGAGGAAGGAGCACAUCGAGGCUCUGAGGGAGAUCAAGAGGCUGCAGGAGCAGCUGGUCGAGUCUCAGAGAGUUCACCAUCAGAUGGAGGAGGAGCUCACUAAAGUCAAACAGGAAGUAAAACUCGGAGCAGAAGAGAGCCGGGCUCUGAGGACUCGGAUCCAGCUGGCCGAGGCGGCCCAGAAGCAGGCGAGGGGGAUGGAGAUGGACUACGAGGAGGUGAUCCACCUUCUGGAGGCUGAGAUCGCCGAGCUGAAGACUCAGAGAGCGGAGCAGCCGGCGCCGACCAAUAAGGAGGAGAUGGAGGAGCUGAAGAAGAGGGUCGCCGUCCUGGAGUGUCAACUACGGAAGAGCGAAACGGCCAAAAAGGGUUUUGAGAUGUCAACAGGAAAACUGCUGAGCUUUGUUGAGAAUGUUCAGGAGUUUCUGCUCGAAAGCCACGGACCAACGAAGAGCUACAGCUCUGGAGACGUUAAGGUUGGGACGUCCUCUCAAGGCUUCCCUCCUCGCUACAGGAAGAGUCCCUGGACGGCAGCCACGCUGGCCCAGGAGGCGAAGGAGCUCACAAGGACUGUCAGAGCCAUCCUGGAGGUCGACUGUAAGUGAUCACCUCCACGCAUGAAGUGCUGACCUUCUAGAUGACCCGACCGUAGGAGUCAGCGGGGCUCUGAGACGUCAGCAGGAAAUCAGCAGCCGACCGUGAAUCCGAACUCUCUUCCCUGACAGCUCCUCAUCUCCUCAGCACCUGCUAGCAAUGGACUCAUGUCUUAACUCUGCAUGAAACAGUGUUUUGUUUCUGUGAAGCAGCACAUUUACCACUGCACAUUUGCUCAGUAGUCACUACACAUUAAACUGUGGCUUCAUUCCAGUGAUUCAACCUGCACAUGGACGAGUCGUCACUGUACCGCUUCAGAUUUCUGAUUGGCUGACAGCUGUUAGCCUGAAAACACUGUAAAUGGAAGCUGAAGCUGGACACUUUGUCAGUCAGCUUUCUACAGGUUGAGACACUGGAAGGAGACCACUGUGGUGUCGAUGGACUGCAUGAACGUUUUCAGGUUGGGCCCAUUAACCUUGUUGAUGAUGUGAUAACAGAGUGACAGCACCAAAACCAUCAGGUCAGGUCGUAACCCCGUUACAAACCAAGUGGUAUCAGCUUUCACUGAGCUUUAUUAACCAGCUAGCUCAGCAUAAUCCGUGCUCUCUAGUGUGUUAGCAGUUAGCUUUCCACCUCCGGCAGCUCUCUGCUGAAGGAGUGUGUGUGUGUGUGUGUGUGUGUGUUAGGCUAACAGCAGAGAGAGCCAUGGUUUCGACCCCGGUCAGGUCAUCGUCAGGUCAUCUUGGGUAUAAACGUGAGCGGUGUUGGUCGGCGAGGAUCAUGAGGACCACUCAGGUGCUGAUGAUCCGAGUGAAAGUGUCUGAAUUGGCACCAAAACACUCGUCACAUCACGAGUGAAGUGAGCAAAACUUCUGAAACGUUGGUGUAGUCCUUUGAAAAUGACUUUAGCUUCCUCUGAAUAGCCUGUAGCAUCAGAAAAUACCUUCAUUUAAGAAGCAGUAUAAAAACACUAUAACACUUCAGAUGUCAUACGGUUGCCAUUCACUGUAGCAGACGCUCUGUUCAGGAGCGAGUUAGCUUCCUGUCUGUCUCAUGACUCUCAGUUAUCUGAUCAAUGUGUAGCUUUGUGUUCGAGUGGCUGAAUGCUCGUGUUCGUGCAGUAGAUUAACCAGCAAAUCAAAGGGCGGAGAAAUCCCGAGAACCUCCCUCACCUUCAAACAGGAGGUCAGGAGGGCUGGAGGCAGACGGCGACGCAGAGGUGACAUUUAAACGGAAAUACAGCCAUCGAGUUCUGAUACCAGCAGCGAUCAGAGGGCCUGACCGGCACCUUAGAUGCUUUU